CAGCGCGUGUCCGUCAGUCAGCAGCGCAGCGCGACCAUCGACGUCCCGUUUCCUUAAAUUAGCCCCUUUAAGCUUCGCGAUACCGCCCCCAAUCUCAGCGCCGGUACGGAGCCGCCAGGCCGGGACAGAGACGGAGAGAGAGGCCUCGGCCAUGGAAGCGCUCGGACCCGGCCCGCCUGCUCCCACCUCUCUGUUCCAGCCUCCGCGGCGUCCCGGCCUUGGCACGGUGGGGAAACCCAUCCGGCUCCUUGCCAACCACUUCCAGGUGCAGAUUCCAAAGAUUGACGUCUAUCACUAUGACAUCGACAUCAAGCCCGAGAAGCGGCCUCGAAGGGUCAACAGGGAGGUGGUGGACACCAUGGUGCGCCACUUCAAGAUGCAGAUCUUUGGAGACCGACAGCCUGGUUACGAUGGGAAGAGGAACAUGUACACGGCACACCCACUGCCCAUCGGGAGAGACCGGGUGGAUCUGGAGGUGACCCUGCCGGGUGAGGGGAAGGAUCAGACCUUCAAGGUAUCGCUGCAGUGGGUGUCUGUGGUCAGUCUUCAGAUGCUGCUGGAAGCUCUGUCAGGUCACCUGAACGAGGUCCCCGAGGACUCCGUCCAGGCGCUGGAUGUCAUCACGCGCCACCUGCCCUCUAUGAGGUACACUCCGGUGGGCCGGUCGUUCUUCUCUCCCCCGGAGGGUUACUACCAUCCUCUGGGGGGAGGCCGGGAGGUUUGGUUCGGCUUCCACCAGUCCGUCCGUCCUGCCAUGUGGAACAUGAUGCUCAACAUCGAUGUGUCAGCGACUGCUUUCUACCGCGCUCAGCCUGUGAUCGAGUUCAUGUGUGAAGUUCUCGACAUUCAGAACAUCAACGAACAAACCAAACCCCUGACUGACUCGCAGAGGGUCAAAUUCACCAAGGAGAUAAGAGGUUCUCUCCGUGUGUCUUGGGCAGGUUUGAAGGUCGAGGUCACACACUGUGGUCAGAUGAAGAGAAAGUACCGCGUCUGCAAUGUCACUCGCCGGCCCGCCAGCCACCAAACGUUCCCCUUGCAGCUGGAGAAUGGGCAGGCCAUGGAGUGCACCGUAGCCCAGUACUUCAAGCAGAAGUACAACCUUCAGCUCAAGUAUCCACAUUUACCGUGUCUGCAAGUAGGACAGGAGCAGAAGCACACGUACCUUCCCCUGGAGGUCUGCAACAUAGUAGCCGGCCAGCGCUGCAUCAAGAAACUGACAGACAACCAGACAUCCACCAUGAUUAAAGCUACAGCUCGCUCCGCCCCCGACAGACAGGAAGAGAUCAGCAGACUGGUCAAAAGCAACAGCAUGGUCGGGGGGCCGGACCCCUACCUGAAGGAGUUUGGCAUUGUGGUCCACAAUGACAUGACCGAGGUGACGGGCCGUGUCCUCCCAGCGCCCAUGCUGCAGUAUGGGGGCCGGGUGAGCACCGACACAGGGAGGGACUGUGGAAGGGAACUCUCUCCGCAGAACAAAACGGUGGCCACGCCCAACCAAGGCGUGUGGGACAUGCGAGGGAAGCAGUUCUACGCCGGCAUCGAGAUCAAGGUGUGGGCCGUGGCCUGCUUCGCCCCGCAGAAACAGUGUCGAGAAGACCUGCUCAAGAGCUUCACGGAUCAGCUGCGGAAGAUCUCGAAGGACGCUGGGAUGCCCAUCCAGGGUCAGCCGUGUUUCUGUAAAUACGCCCAAGGAGCCGACAGCGUGGAGCCCAUGUUCAAACACCUGAAGAUGUCGUACGUGGGUCUGCAGCUGAUCGUGGUCAUCCUGCCCGGAAAAACGCCGGUCUACGCGGAGGUGAAGCGGGUGGGAGACACGCUCCUCGGGAUGGCCACCCAGUGUGUCCAGGUGAAGAACGUGGUGAAGACGUCUCCUCAAACUCUGUCCAACCUCUGCCUGAAGAUCAAUGCCAAGCUGGGAGGCAUCAACAACGUCCUGGUGCCUCAUCAGAGACCUUCAGUGUUCCAGCAGCCCGUCAUCUUCCUGGGCGCUGACGUCACUCACCCUCCGGCCGGCGAUGGGAAGAAGCCGUCCAUCGCGGCGGUGGUGGGCAGCAUGGACGGCCACCCCAGCCGAUACUGUGCCACGGUUCGCGUCCAGACGUCUCGGCAGGAUACGUCGCAGGUGACUCAGGAGCAGCUCUUCAGCCAGGAGGUGAUCCAGGACCUGACCAACAUGGUGCGCGAGCUGCUCAUCCAGUUCUACAAGUCGACGCGUUUCAAGCCAACGCGCAUCAUCUACUACCGCGGGGGGGUUUCUGAGGGGCAGAUGAAGCAGGUGGCCUGGCCGGAGCUGAUCGCCAUCAGGAAGGCGUGCAUCAGUCUGGAGGAGGACUACAGGCCGGGGAUCACCUACAUCGUGGUCCAGAAACGCCACCACACUCGUCUCUUCUGUUCAGACAAAGCUGAGCGGGUCGGGAAGAGCGGGAACGUUCCAGCCGGCACCACCGUGGACAGCACCAUCACACACCCGUCCGAGUUCGACUUCUACCUGUGCAGCCACGCUGGGAUUCAGGGAACCAGCCGCCCCUCCCACUACCACGUCCUGUGGGAUGACAACUGCUUCACGGCAGACGAGCUGCAGCUCCUCACCUACCAGCUGUGCCACACCUACGUCCGCUGCACGCGCUCCGUCUCCAUCCCGGCACCGGCCUACUACGCCCGGCUGGUGGCUUUCCGAGCUCGCUACCACCUGGUGGACAAAGACCACGACAGUGCUGAAGGCAGCCACGUGUCGGGGCAGAGCAACGGCCGGGACCCGCAGGCUCUGGCCAAGGCGGUGCAGAUCCACUACGACACCCAGCACACCAUGUACUUCGCCUGAGCGGCCCGCCGGCCGCUCCACCUGUGGAUCUGUCCGCCUUUCAAACUCUCCACUUUUGUCUUUUUGUCUCCGUCUGUCAUACUCGCUCUUCGUUUUCUGAUUCUGCACCAAAGCGGCUCGUAGAAGAGGGAGGAGGAG